CACUGACAUCAUUAAUAUCGAGAGAAGGUGAUAUAAAACGCAAUAGUUGGCGGGUGAAGUAAAAUUUGAAAAAGAUAGGACUCGCCUAAAAUUUAAGGCGCAGUGUAUUAUAGAUUCUAACGGAGUUAUAUGGACCAACCUACAUAAAAAUUUAAUUGAACAAAAACGAAAUAUCGUCAAAAUGCCUUUCUACGCAGUUGCAAAUGGACGAAAAGUGGGAGUGUACACCAGCUGGGCUGAAUGUGAGCAGCAAGUGAAAAAAUUUAGCGGCGCAAUUUUCAAGAAGUUCCCAUCCCUCUCGGAAGCGACUGAUUAUUUGAUACAACAGCAAGCAAACAUAUUACAUGAAAAUCUUGAGAAAGAGGCUGGUUGUAGUGCCAUGGCAAGUGGGUUCGCAAUGAAUAUUAAGCAAGAGGAACCCGAAUAUAUUCCUCUACAAACAACAGACGUUUUGACGCCAAGAAUAAAACAAGAACCCAAGGGCGAUGGCAUGUGGUUUGAGGAUGCCAAGGGCGAUGAUGAGCUGUUGGCGGCGCUUGGCGCACUUAAGGAAUACCCAGAUAAAAGUUUGAAAACAAGAGCAACCAAGAUAGAAAAAAUCAAUAUUAAAAAAGAACGCGAUGCUAAAAUACAGCGUCUCAAAGUUGGUAACUACGUAUAUAAUGUGGACAAUGAUGGCUACAUAGACGUAUACAUUGGUGGGCACGGCGAAAAUAUAGGCAACUGGAAUUGCAUGGCUGGAUAUGGUGUAUACUUUGGCGAAAAUCACCCUCUCAAUGUUGCUGAAGCUGCAUCGGGUCGUAUGACGCGCAAUGUUGGUGAUAUUGAAGCGGCGAUUGCAGCAAUUGAAGCCGCUGAACGCGUUGGUAUUCCUAAAUUAUGUUUACACAGUAGCUCUGAAUUUUUGCUGAACGCUGUUGCACAUUGGAUGCAUAAUUGGAAGCGGAACGGUUGGCGGAAUAAGGAUGGUAAAGUGGUACAAAACCGAAAACAAUUUGAAAAAUUAGAUAAGCUUCUCACAGAAAGUUCAAUUGACAUAAAAUGGGCUGAUGCCCGUAAGGAAGCUGGUGCCUCGAAGCACAUGCGUGGUGUGAAAAGGUUGGCGGCAAUCGGUACAGAGGAGUAUCUUGAUAAGCAUCCCAGUAAGGAUGACAGCUUUUCUAUGGAUUUAGAUUACUUUGAUUUUUAUUAAAUUGUCCCUCAGCUGGUCUUAGUGCCCUCGGAUAGAUAUUCUUGUGAUAGAUGUAAUCGUAAAUUUUGAAAAAAAUUCAUUUUAUGAAACCUUUGCGAGCAUUCGAUCGACUCCUGGGAAUGCUGACAUAUGUAUAUACAUACAUAUUUUCGGUGUUUGCCAAUGUGAAUUCGCCUUAAUGUUUUACAUACCAAUUUUUUCAUGAAAUUAUUUAAAGGAUUUCUCGAUUUAAAGUAUAUAAAGUAUUAGAGUUGUUUGUCUUGUGAAUUUCGAUAUCCUUUAUCUUGUCCUGAAAGUAUUUUUUCUUUUGCUGUUUAUAUACAUUAUAAAAUGCGCUAAUUAUUAAUGAAUUAUUAAAAUUACCUAUUUUUAUUUGAAAUAAUUUCAUAUUUAAAACUUCACAUUUUUAAUUGAAAGAAUUUAUUGUUUAAAACUUUUUUAGCUUUUCCUGUGAAUGUCAACCUAUUUCGAUUAUUGGUUGUUUUUGCAAAAAAUGACAGUAUUUUCCAUGAUUCAAUAGUUAAUUAAUUUAUUAUUAAAUCAUGAGUAUUUUUAACAUGUUAAAUAUAAUAGAAAUAUGAUGUAUUAUUCAUAGAGUAUUAAAAAUGGAAGUACAUACAUAUUUGAAAAUAUUAAACACGAACAAUUUAUCCUUCCUGUAAAUUUUAAGCUAGUAUUAGAAUUGGAGGUUUUGGAAAUCCCGUCAAACUACUUUUAUAUUUUGAAAAGUGAACUGUUAAAAAAAGCGGGAUAAAGCUUAAUAAACAUAUCGCUCAAUUUACUUCAAUAGUGUUAUAACUUGAAAAAAGCAAAACUCAGGAAAAAUGGCUUUACAGUUUUGAAUUUACAUGUCGGUAGUUAAGUAUGGAAAGCGCGUAUCGUCGCUAAAAUACAAAAACCCACAACUAAGAAUCCAAAAUUCUCUUUCUGGUUGAUUGUUAUGCAUUUCGUCGAUUUAUUAGUCCCCAAAUC